UAGCAGAGCGGAACAGAGCAGAGAGAGUUUGGCUACUUCUGACACGCCUUGAUUCGUCGAAUCCCUACCCGUCUGAUUUUUUUUUUAUUUUUUUAAUUCUUUAUAAAGUGAGGAUUUAGAGAGCUUGUUGAGAAGUAUUCUUGGAAGAGCUAGAGAAGCUCGAUCGAGUUCUUUGUGAAGGUGAUCUUGUGUGUUUUAUUUCGAGCUUUUUGGUGUCUGAUUUCAGUCGUGGAAUGAUCUUUAACAGUGUUGCAAUGGAGAUGUACGUCGCCGGCGAGGCUCAGCUGCCGCCGGGCUUCCGAUUUCACCCCACGGACGAAGAGCUCAUCAUGCAUUACCUCCUCAAGAAAGUGCUCGACGGCAACUUCGCCGGACGCGCCAUCGCCGAGAUCGACCUCAACAAAUGCGAGCCAUGGGAGCUCCCUGAGAAGGCGAAGAUGGGGGAGAAGGAAUGGUACUUCUUUAGCCUUCGCGACCGGAAGUACCCCACCGGACUGCGGACCAACCGGGCCACAGACGCCGGUUACUGGAAGGCGACGGGGAAGGACCGUGAAAUCUACAGCUCGAAGACGAUGUCGCUGGUGGGGAUGAAGAAGACGCUGGUGUUCUACAGAGGGAGAGCUCCGAAGGGGGAGAAGAGCAACUGGGUCAUGCACGAGUACAGGCUCGAAGGCAAGUUCGCCUACCAUUUCUUGUCGGCAUCUUCCAAGGUGAGAACGAAAGAUGCGAUUUUGAUUUUGAUUUUAUUUUAAGCAGGAUUUGUGAUCUUCUGACGAUAUUUUUU